CCCUGUCUCUCGUUCUCUUUGUGUGUUGAAUUUUCCCCCUCCUUUGGUCUCCCUCCCCCCUACCCGCCCUCAGGAAGACGCGCAGAUGACGCGACCGCGGUCGCUCUCAAGCGCCGGCCGGCCGAUGCCGACCAAGCACCCGCGCCUGGGGCCCGCCGCUUCGGCACCUCCGGCCCCAAGCCCGGCCGUCCCCAGUCGAGAGACCCUGCGGCAUCUCCCGCUGCCGGUGACAGUAUCCGUCGUGCCGGGCCCCUUCCGGCCGACGGCCGCCAACUCCUGGACCAGCCCAUGCGGGCGGUUCAGCAUCAUCGGCAUGCGUGCCAUGGAGACUCUCUCCUUUCUCGGGGCUGCCCGCGUGCGCGUCAUCCACGGCCAGGUCGAGUGUCAGGGAGCCGUGCUGGAUCGAACGCAUGCAGCUGGACCGCGGCUGCCUAGCCUGCCACCUCUGGCAUCGCCACUGGCUGCCACGGACGCCACGCACCUCGGUGUGGGGGUCUACUCGCCGGCGUCGCAUGCGCUGGCCUCGCUGCAGGCGCUCCCCUGUCCGGCCACCGUGGGGGACGCCGUGCGACUGAAGCUCCUGCCCACCCCCGGGCCCGGGUCCUUUGUCUCGGGCCCCGACGGUGCCGGGGCGCCGACCUCCCUGCGGUAUGUUCCCCCGGCCGGGGUGAGCCUGACUCGCGUCCGAACCGGACUCCUGCGCCAGCUCCUGCAAGAGUCGCUCGAUGCCUUCCCCGGGGAAUUGGCCGCCUCCUUGGAAACCAUGGGCCCGGCCUUCGGGGUGGAUCCUGGCGAGGUGCAGGCCACAGUGCAGGCCAUCGUCGAGCGAGUGCGCAGCUUCGACGCCUGGGACAGCCUGGUGCUCCUGUCGGUGGCUGACCUGGCCCCGUUCGCCUGCCUCCAGGCCAUCCAGGGCCUGCAGAACCUCUUCGGCACGGCCCCCGGCUCCGGAGCCCCCGGCGACUCGAGCCCGGGCGACUGGCCGGCGGGCGGGCCUUUCCCGGCCAGCCCGUCCUGGGGAGUGGGCCCUGGCCCCGCAGCGGGCGUGGACCCCUCCCUGCUGCUGGGCGGGGUGAACUUCACCCCGGAAUACCUCCUUCAGAAUAUGGGCCCCGAGUUGGGGGAUGACCGAGUAGCCGGCUCGGCUGGCGGCAGCCCGCCGGGGUUCCUGCAUGGCGGCUCGUCCUCGGGCCCCGGGGCCUCGAGCAUGGCCUCGGGAUCGCCCUCAUCCGAGGGUCUGAACGACUGGUCGGCUGGCGAAUCUGGCGUCGGUGGCCCGGCUCCCGGGUUUCUGGUGGCCCGCUUCGACGACUGGCAAAGCGCCCUGGACACGGUGGCCGACGAGCUGUGCCAAUACCGGCAUGCCAUUUGGCAUGCGCACGCGACCGAACUGGCCCGGGCUCGUGGUCCUGCCGACUUCCGACACUUCCCCGGGCCCCAGGGCGUGGAUGGCGAUGCUGCCGCUGAUGCCGCUGCCACCUGGCCGCCCUUCGAGACCUUUGCCCCGAUGGCCUGGCAAAUCACCGAGCAUAUCGGCCUGCCGCCGGUGUACCUGUUUGCCGGGCCGAAGAACACCGGCAAGAGCACCCUCGGCCGGUGGCUGACCAACCGCCUGCUUUCACUGGGCCACCCAGUGGCCGUGCUGGACACUGACGUCGGCCAGCCGGAGUACACGGCCCCGGGACUCAUCUCGCUGACCGUGCCGCGGUCCUUCUCCCUUGGGCCGCCCUUCACGCACCUGACGGAGCCAGAGUUCUCCUGCUUUUACGGGGCCCUGUCGCCCAACAGCGACCCGGAGGGCUUCCUGGCGGCAUGCACGCGCGCGGUGGCGCACUAUAACGAGCACCUGGCCCCGUUGGGCGUGCCGCUGGUGGUGAACACCUGUGGCUGGGUCCGCGGCACCGGGCUGGACCUGCUGUCGGGGCUGGUGGCCAUGCUGAAUCCCACACGGGUAUAUGCCAUGGGCACGCCAGGGCGGCUGACACGGCGCGACCUGCCGGCGGACUUUGGUCGGAAUGGCUUCGCCGGCGGCGCCAUUGCCCCGGAGAUUGCCUGGCUGACGCCCAAUGACGCGGCCCUCGUGGCACAGGGGGGCCGGCUGACGCCGCGCGAGCAGGCAGCCAUGCUGAAGCACGGCCCGAACGACCACCGGGCCAUGACCCUCAUGACCUACCUGUAUGCGGGGAAUCUGCUGGCCUCCAGCGGCGCCCCGGCUGGCUGGCCGGCCACCGAACGCCGAAGCUUCCUGCCUCUUGCGCGAGCGCCCGGCGCUCGGGAUGCCUGUGCCCGGCCGUUGGUGCUCCGGACACCGCGCUCCGCCGGGUGGGAGGCCGUAUGUGUGUCCCUGGAGGGCCCGGCCGACGAGCUGUUGGCCCGGCUCGGGAGUGACGCCCCGGGAAUCGAGGCCGCCACAUGUGGCGAGCUCCUGCGUGCCCUGAAUGUCCAACUGGUGGGCUUGGUGGCGUCUGCGGCCGCCAGCGGGGUCCUGGAGGCCGGGCGCCCGGCCACCAUCAUCGCCGCCGAGGCCCCCCCCGGUCGGUCCCUGGAUGCGCCCUUCUUCGUGCGUGGCGCACAAGGUCCCUCGCUGGAUGGCGAGUGCUUGGGUCUUGCCCUGGUCCGCGCGGUCAACCCCACCCAGCGAGACUUCCAGCUUGUCACCACCGAGCCGAUCUGGCGCCUGCAGGGGGGCCCGGUCCCGGGACGCAUCGCCGGACGCGGGUCCUGCCAAGUGGGCGGCACUCCGCGCCCCUCGGCCAAUGUCCUGGCCUGGCGCCCGCAGGGCGGGCUGGACCUCCCGGUGGCUGCUCUCUCGCAUGGCUCUUCCCUUGUCGGGGCCCCGCUCUACGCCACAUCGAUCUUUGCCGACUCCCUGGCCCUGGGCGGCGCCAACCGCCGGGCGCGGCACAACCUCCAACGCCGGUCCAAUGUCCCCGGCGGCGGGCGCUAGAAGGACCCGUGCCCCCUGCCCCCUGUCUCUUGUGCCCCCCCCCCCCUCCCAUCACGCGCAGCCGCGCAAUACAAAUACAAAGGCA